UUCAGGUCAUCCGAACCGCCACCACCAUGCCAAUGUCCACCAACACCGUGCAGUUGUCAGGACCUAAGCGGUGAUGCUGCUGCUCCGGUUUUCCAAACUCUACCGCCAUUCGAAUUCCCAACAUUCCCUCCGAUGGUACCUCUCGAGACCUUACCGCCUCCACCACCCCUCGAAACCCUACCACCCCCACCUCCCAUGGAAUUCCCGACGUUCCCACCUCUCCCACCACCCCCACCACCCCCACCUCCCAUGGAAUUCCCGACGUUCCCACCACCCCCACCACCAUUCAUGUUCCCACAGUUCAUGUACCCAUCUCCACAACAACAGUACUACUACAAUAUGGCACCAAAUCAAUACGCGUACGGAGGUGGCUAUAAUAUGGGACCACAGCAAGGGUCCUACUACCAGGGUCCUCCUCAACCGGCCAGUACACUCGCUCCCGAGAGUUCCAGGUCUUCUCCGGCCGUUCCAGUCACUGCUCCACCGGAGCCCUCAGAACCUGAAACAGAAGCACCCGAACCAGAAACAGAAAUGCCCGAACCAGAAACACCACCGCCACCACCUCCACCACCGUCAUCUGAGGAUGCAUCUGAGGAUGCUCAAGAGCUGCUCGAAAAUCAAGUCUCGGAAUGAUCGUUAUUAA